GCUCCUUUACAUCCAUAUUCUAACAAUGGGAAGAGCUCCUUGUUGUGACAAGAAUGGUCUCAAGAAAGGUCCAUGGACUCCAGAGGAAGAUCUCAAGCUCACCAACUUCAUUCAGCUCCAUGGACCAGGCAAUUGGAGAACCCUUCCGAAGAAUGCAGGGUUGCAAAGAUGUGGAAAGAGUUGCCGUCUUCGAUGGACAAACUAUCUGAGGCCUGAUAUCAAGAGAGGAAGAUUCUCAUUUGAAGAAGAAGAGACAAUAAUCCAAUUGCACAGCAUCUUAGGAAACAAAUGGUCAGCCAUAGCAGCUCGCUUGCCUGGAAGAACAGACAAUGAAAUAAAGAAUUACUGGAACACCCACAUCAGAAAAAGGCUGCUAAGAACAGGAAUUGAUCCUGUGACUCAUGCUCCUCGCCUUGAUCUUCUUGACAUAUCAUCCAUCAUAACCUCAUCUUUAUGCAAUAAUCCUUCUCUUCUCAACAUGUCAAACUUUUUAGGCACUACUCAAGCCCUCAUGAAUCCAGAGCUUUUAAAGCUAGCCACCGCUAUCUUAUCACUGAAACAACAAAACCAAAUGCCCUUUUCAAAAGAUCUGCAGGACCAACUUUGCAAUUCCUUAUUGCUAGACCAACUCCAACCAUUACAACAACUCAAUCAAUAUCAACAAGGAUUUUCGUCAGAGAUGAUCACAAACCAACUACUCAUGCAAGCCAAUAUGGAAAAUUUAGGUAAUAAUUCCCAAGAAAAUUCAACACCGUCAAGCCUAAAUGACGGAUUUGUUUCCCAGCAGCCAAACAACAUGUAUUGCAGCUCGAAUGCUACGGUUCCUCAUGAUCUGCCGGAAAAUUCAAAUUUCCAGUCGUUCUACAACAGCAAUCAGAACUUCAGCUUUGAUCAAUCUGUUGUGUCAACGCCAAUGUCUAGCUCUACUCCCUUGAAUUCUUCAUCCACAUUCAUCAACAGCAGCACUGAAGAUGAAAGGGAGAGCUAUUGCAGCGACUUGUUGAAGUUUGAAAUUCCAGAGAGUUUGGACCUCGAUGAAUUCAUGUAAUCAAUAGAUAUAGCUAGAUAUAUUAUAAAAAUAUGAGUGAUGUAUUUU